AAACUGAAAAGCAAUAUGGCGGCGCCCGUGAGAAUCCUCACCGCCUGCCGCACCGCAAUAUUGAAUGCAAAUGUCACUGUUUUCUCGCUUCGCUCACGAAAAUGUUCAGCUUUACCACACACAGAUGUUCAGAAGGAAUACUCGUCCAAAUGGGUUCGGCGGAAAUUCAUCGAUUUCUUCAAAGAACAGCACGGACAUCGGGUUGUACCGUCCUCGCCCGUGCGACCGCGGGGAGACCCGAGUCUGCUGUUUGUGAACGCUGGCAUGAACCAGUUCAAGCCUAUUCUGCUGGGUGCGGGCGACCCUCGCAGCGAGAUGGCAUCCUACCGGCGCGUGGUCAACAGUCAGAAGUGCGUGCGCGCCGGAGGUAAACACAACGACCUGGAGGACGUCGGCAGAGAUGUGUACCACCACACUUUCUUCGAGAUGCUGGGGAAUUGGUCCUUCGGGGACUACUUCAAGGAGGAGGCGUGCAGUAUGGCGUGGUGUCUGCUCACUCAGGAGUACGGGAUCCCUCCGGAGAGGCUCUAUGUCUCGUACUUUGGUGGCGACGCAGCCUCCGGCCUCCCAGUAGACGAGGAGACGAGGGAGAUUUGGAGGAGCCUCGGGGUGCGAGGGGAGCGCCUCCUGCCAUUCGGCAUGUGCGAUAACUUCUGGGAGAUGGGUGAUGUGGGCCCCUGCGGCCCCUGCACUGAGAUCCACUACGACCACGUGGGCGGCCGAGAGGCAUCCGCACUGGUCAACGCAGACAGCCCAGAACUGGUGGAGAUCUGGAACCUGGUCUUCAUGCAGUACAAUAGGGAGCCUGACGGCAGUCUGCGUCCCCUCCCCCAGCAGAGUGUGGACACGGGGAUGGGUCUGGAGAGACUGGUCACCGUCCUGCAGGGGCAGCAGUCCAACUACCACACCGACCUGUUCUCCCCAAUACUGACCGCUAUACACCAGUGCUCCAGGGUGGCGGCGUAUAGAGGGCGUACGGGAGAGAUGGAUGAUGGGAAGGUGGACAUGGCGUACCGCGUGGUGGCCGACCACGUGAGGACCCUCUCUGUCUGCAUCGCCGACGGCGUUUACCCUGGCAUGACCGGAGCAGAGCUUGUUCUGAGGCGUAUCCUGAGGCGAGCCGUGCGUUACUUCUCUGAGGUUCUUCAGGCUCCACAGGGUUCUCUGGCCAGUCUGGUGCCCACUGUUGCUCACAUACUGGGUGACGCUUAUCCAGAACUACACAAGGAGACUGAGAGGAUCAUGGACGUCAUCAACGAGAAUGAGGACCACUUCCUGUCCGCCCUCCGGCAGGGUCGACGGGUGAUUGACAGGACACUGGGCAAGAUGUCCGCCCACGAGACAACAUUCCCAGCCCCUGUGGCCUGGUCUCUGCACCGUAACCUGGGCUUCCCUCUGGACCUGGUGCAGCUCAUGCUGGAGGAGAGAGGAAAAGGCCUGGACACACAACACCUGCAGCAGCUGGAGCAGCAGGAGAGGGAGCGCGCUCAGGUCCAGGCUCAGGCUGACGACUCUGUGGAGCUGAUUGACGUCCACAGUCUGGCGCAGCUGCAGAAGGAGGAGGUCCCCCACACCGACGACUCCCCCAAAUACCACUACAGCCUCCGCCACGACGGCAAAUAUGUCUUCCCAGCCUGCAGGGCGACGGUGUUGGCUCUGUACGGCGUUGCUCCUGGCGCUGCGGCCGCCGGGCUGCUGGACGCGGUGCACGAGGGUCAGAGCUGCCGUGUGCUGCUGGACCGCACCUGCUUCUACAGCCAGCAGGGGGGGCAAGAGCACGACCUGGGCUACAUGACCAAAGACGGCCUGCAGGAUGUGCUGUUUCCAGUGGAGGACGUGCAGUUGGUCGGGGGCUACGUGCUUCAUCAGAUCACCGCAACAGAGACGCUCAGGAAAGGAGAUCACGUCCAGCUGCACAUAGACGAGGCCCAGAGACUGGCCUGUAUGGUGAAACACACCGCCACACACGUGCUCAACUUCGCUCUGAGACAGCUCCUGGGAGGGGGCGUGGCCCAGAGGGGCUCUCAUGUAUCCGCCCACCGCCUGCGAUUUGACUUCAGUGUGAAGGCAUCUCUAAGUGUGUCUGAGCUGCAGCAGGUGGAGGAUCUCCUCCAGCAGAUCAUCCACGAGGACCUGCAGGUGCACACACAGGAAGUGCCCCUGGCGCUGGCCAAUCAGAUCCCUGGCCUGAGGACAGUGGACGAGGUGUACCCCGACCCAGUGCGGGUGGUGUCUGUGGCGGUGUCCGUGUCUGACCUACUGGAGGGAACCUCACGCAGGCCCUCGUCUGUGGAGCUCUGCUGUGGAACGCAUUUGCUCCGGACCGGAGCCAUCCGGGAUCUCGUCAUCAUAUCGGAACGGCAGCUGGUGAAGGGCAUCAGCCGCAUCGUGGCUGUGACCGGGGACGACGCCAGGGAGGCCAGAGAAACAGGAAAUGUCCUGGAACAGGAAGUAGAGGCGUUGUCAGCGCGGGUUGCUGCGGCAACCUCACCAUCCCUCCAUGAUGCUCAGCGGUUGGCCAAAGACGUGGGUCAACUCACUGACGCAGUGGAAGGGACACCUAUACCUCAGUGGCAGAGGAGGGUCCUUCAGACACGGCUGAAGGCCUUACAGAGGAGCACCAACACCAGCAUCAGGAAGCAGGAGAUCAAAGAGCGUCGUAGUAGGCCGAUCUUCCACAAUAUAUUCAGGAUUACUCUUUAUUUUCAACAAAUAUCAGAGAUACGCUCAAAGACAGAACCAGCUUAGAAAAGGAAUAAAUACUUCCACGGAGAUGAGUG